GUGCCCAUGUAGCGGCUCCACACGGCCUGUCCUGUGCGCGCACCUCCCCGCCGGCUCACGCGCCGGAGUGCCCCGCAUCCACCGCCGCCGCCCACCCUCCUCUUCCUCCUCUACCCAGCCGACGUCCGGCUUGCGCCCCCCGCAGCUCCCCCUCUUCAUCACGCUGGCGCUGAUGUCCAGCAUCCACCUCCGCCACUGCUCCACUAUGCCCAUGUCCCGCAUCUGCCUCCGCCGCCGCCUCUCCUCCUCCUCCUCCUUCUCCAACUGCACCUCUCCGCCCACACCAACCUGGUCUCCCCACGCCGCCUUCGCCGCGGCCACAGAGCGCGUACGAGCCGGGACGCUCAGCCCGCAAGACGCACACCACCUGUUCGACGUAUUGUUUCGGCAGGCCAAUCCGGUCCCCGAGCGCUCCCUUGAUGGAUUCCUUGCCGCACUCGGUCGUGCUACGUCCUCUGAAUCCUGCAGAGACGGCCCCGCCCUCGCCCUCGCCCUCUUCAACCGUGUCUGCCGAGAAGAAGACGGCCUACGGGUGGCGCCACCCACCAUCUUCACCUACGGCAUCCUCAUGAACUGCUGCUGCCGCGCACGUCGUCCGGACUUAGGGCUUGCCUUAUUUGGGCGCAUCCUAAGGACCGGCCUGAAGACGAACCAGAUCGCCGCCAACACCGUCAUCAAGUGCCUCUGCAGCGCACAACAUACCGACGAGGCUGUGAACAUGCUUCUUCAUAAGAUGUCCGACCUCGGCUGUGCGCCUGAUGACUUCUCAUACAACACAGUUCUAAAGAGCUUGUGUGAUGACGGCAGGAGCUUGCAGGCGUUCGACCUACUGCUCCAGAUGGUGUCAAAGGAAGGAGGUGCCUGCUCCCCUGACAUGGUGGCAUAUAGCACGGUCAUCCACGGCUUCCUUAAGGAAGGCAAAGUAGACAGGGCAUGCAAUCUAUUCAAUGAAAUGAUGCGGCAAGGGGUUGUGCCUGAUGUGGUGACGUAUGGCUCGAUUAUCGAUGCAUUGUGCAAAGUUGGAGCAAUGUACAAGGCAGACUUGUUCCUUCGGCAGAUGGUUGAUGACGGUGUUCGACCGGAUGAGGUGACAUAUACUAGCAUGAUCCAUGGAUAUUCCACUUUGGGCCGGUGGAAAGAGGUGCGUAAAAUGUUCAGAGAAAUGACAAGCCGUGGUCUUAUACCAGAUAUUGUCACUUGGAACUCGUUCAUGGACUCCCUUUGCAAGCAUGGAAGAACAAAAGAAGCUGCAGAAGUUUUUGUUUCCAUGGCUGCAAAGGGCAACAAGCCUAAUAUCGUCUCCUACACUAUUCUUCUUCAUGGGUAUGCCAAUGAAGGAAGCUUUGCUGAUAUGAUGAGUCUCUUCAAUUCAAUGAAAGGCGGCAGUAUUGUAGCCAACUGCAAAGUUUUCAACAUAUUAAUUGAUGCAUAUGCUAAACGAGGACUGAUAGAUGAAGCUAUGCUCAUACUUUCUGAAAUGCGGGGACAAGGACUGAGUCCAGAUGUAGUCACUUAUUCAACUCUAAUAUCUGCACUUUGGAGAAUGGGUAAGCUGACUGAUGCUAUGGAUAAGUUCAGUCAGAUGGUUAUUGGCACGGGAGUACAACCGGACACAGUUCUUUAUCACUCCCUAGUUCAGUUCUUAUGUACACAUGGUGAUUUGGCGAAAGCGAAGAAGUUGAUAUCUGAAAUGAUGAAUAAAGGUAUUGCUCGUCCAGACACUGCAUUCUUCAGUUCAAUAAUGGACAGCCUAUGCAAUGGAGGAAGGGUUAUAGAUGCACACCAUAUCUUUGACUUGGUUACAGAGAUAGGUGAGAAACCUGAUAUCAUUAUGUUUGGUACGCUGAUUGACGGAUAUUGCUUAGCCGGCGAGAUGGACAAAGCAUGCGGAGUACUUGAUGCCAUGGUAUCAGCUGGCAUUGAGCCUAAUGUCAUUACGUAUAGCACACUUGUCAGUAGAUAUUGUAAAAGUGGAAGGAUCGAUGAUGGGUUGAUUCUGUUCACAGAAAUGUUGCAUAAGAAAGUUAAACCUACAACUUUUACAUAUGAAACCAUACUGAAUGCAUUAUUUCGGGCUGGGAGAACUGCUGCUACAAAGAAAAUGUCCCAUGAGAUGAUCGAAAGUGGAAUAACGGUGAGCGUUUCUACAUAUAAUAUAAUUCUUGGAGGACUUUGUAGAAAUAAUUGCACGGACGAAGCGAUCGUCCUAUUCGAGAAAUUACGUGCAAUAAAUGUGAGGUUCAAUAUCACAACACUCAAUACCAUGAUUAAUGCAUUGUACAAGGUUGAAAGAAGAGAAGAAGCUAAUGAUUUGUUUGCUGCAUUACCAGCCAGCGGGUUGGUGCCUAAUGCUUCCACUUAUGGAGUAAUGGUACAAAAUCUUCUAAAAGAAGGAGAAGUGGAGGAAGCUGACAGUAUGUUCUCAUCAAUGGAGAAGAGUGGCUGUACUCCUAGCUCUCGGCUUAUAAAUGAUGUCAUCAGAACUUUAUUGGAAAAGGGGGAGAUAGUCAAGGCCGGAAAAUAUAUGUCUAAAGUUGAUGGGAAGAGCAUCUCACUUGAAGCUUCAACUAGUUCAUUGUUGUUGUCUCUCUUUUCAGGGAAUGGGAAAUAUCGGGAACAAAUACAAAAACUCCCUGCAAAGUACCAAUAUCUCGAUGGAAUCAGUUGAUGCGCUGGACUUGGCAGAUAAGCCUUGUCAUGGUUCGGAGCUCCCUCUCAACGAUGUGGGCAAGUGUCUCUUUUGUGCGCUCAAUAAUAUUGAGCUGGUUAACGGUGCCACCGUGGUGUUCUUGUCGGUGCUUAGCUGCUGGGUGUGCAUCCUAUGGGCAUUGUCCCUGAUCCGCAGGCCACCUCCACACAAUGGCUGUCUGGUACAUGACGCAUUUGCUAAUGUGAAAAGAUUACUAAUAUUUCGGAGCAUAUCACAGCAGAUGUCAUUCCUGAUUUAAUCAAGCUGAAUUAACAGUGUUUUCAUUUUUGGACAUGUAUGACCAUUGACAGCUCAAUGCUCUGUCUCUUUCUAAACUACAGUGAUAAAUUACCACAGGACCUCAAAGCUAUCUUAUAAAAAAUUAGAAUCAGCAUUGUAUCAGUUGAUUUUAUUGUUAAACAAUAUCUGUGACUUAUUCAAACAUGGCAACAAGGCCUAAUCUUGGGUUCAGUUCCUUUUUUUUUGAGCUUGAAUCAGUAAAUAUCUCGAUCAAAAAGUUCAUGGGUGAAACACAUUAUAAUUUAUUCUAUCAUGCUCAAACAUCUGUUUGUAAGUGCUUCAUGUUACUUUGCAUUUCCAGGGAUGCAUCUCACCACAAUCUGUCAGGGUCAGUACCUGAUUUUCUGAGCCCAGUGCAAUCAUGUACAUUUAUGUAUCAUGCGACAAUCCUCACCUGACUUUGUAUUUCCAAACUGUGCAGCACGGAACCUUUAAAUCAUUUAUUCGUCAAGAAAACAUCAGCUGAUCAAUCAGGACUGGUGGCUGACACCAAGGUUUGCACCCUUUUUUACAACAUCAUGGAUGCUUUGAUGGAGGCAAUGGAGGCAAUGGAUAAAUGCUUAGUUUUGGAUGGAAUUUGUUGUGUUGAUACGGUGUGCCAACCGACAUGGGUUGCACCUGAUUAUACCUUUAAGAUCUUAAAAAAUCGUAUCAUGCAAUCUCAAUUUUUUUUAGGAAUAAUUGCCAAAUUCUGUCCUGCUUACCUACUGCAAGAUUUUUAUGUUUGCUGACUUAACAUGUUUUUAGCUUAUACUAUGUGAUAACUGUACCUGGCCAUCUCUUUAUGACCAGAUCCAUCUCUUUAUUACCAGAUUAUUCAGGAACCAUGGGAAUACAUCUUAAAUCAUAAGAAUAAGAUAUUGCAAGAUACAGGGUAGCGGCUUCAUUAAAUUUCAUAUUUGCUCCCGAGCUCAAAUUCUGUGUUCCAUCGUUCAUUCGUUGCAUUUGACAAAGUGGUCGCCCAUUCCGGAGCCCAGGCUGCAUUCACGCGCCAUCGAGCGCAUUUUACAAGACAAUCAAACAAGUAUGGUGCGGUUUUUUUUCUGAGUAUCAUCUUUUCCCUCUGAGAGUAAGGCUGGUGUUCUUCUGAUCUUGUCAUCUCUUCCCCCUGUUUUUUUGGUUUCAUUUGAGUUGUAUUGUCCGUUGCCGCAUCCCUUUUAUGCUGAUAAAUCACGGUGGCUUAACCCAGUGUAUCCAUUUGGCAGCAUAUAUCCGUGUUUGACGGCCCUGCGGAGGGAGAGAAUCCGUUGCAGCUGCCAUCCUUCCUUUUAACUCCCUUUGCCAAUAACUAGUGAAAAGAAUUGUGGAAACAGUAACUUGCAUUGUUUGUUUAUUGCAGCAUUGGUCAAGAGUGCGAUCCUCAUCAGCAAGCCCAGUCUGUUCAGAAGGGCAAGCCUUGGAUUGUGUGCGUCGAGCUCAAGGAUUCGGCGAGACGAUGGGGGUCUGCCAAGGGGGAGCCGACUUGUGCUCUCGGCCACUCUCAACACAAGUCCCUGUGCUUGACCAAAGAUAAUUCGGCAAUGUCCAACACAAGCCCAUGUGCACCCUCUGUGGCCGGGAUCAGCCAACCCGACCGGAUAUUCAAGCCCCUUUGAAACAUCUCAUCUAUGUACUCAGUGAUCUAAACGAUGUUAUAUUUCUAUACAGAGGGAUAUCUUUAUAUUUGAAAAAAGUAUAAGCUGGCUAUUUACACUGGUAUCCAGCGCCAGGUUUUCCCCUUCUUUCGACUUC